AUGUUGAGCAACUCAAAAGACUGUGACAGCCAGGGAAAGCCCAUUUUGUCUUUUUCUAUUGAGGAGAUCUUAAAGAAACCCUCCACUAAGGCCUGUCUUCACAGAACAGCGAUCUGCGGUAACCAUGAUGAAGCUGCUCCAAUCGUGGGAUCAGAACCCCUUUUAGAAAUGUCAAAGGAUGAGAAGAAAGGGAAGCGCAGGAUCAGGACGACAUUCACUGCAGAGCAACUCCAAGAACUAGAAAGGAUCUUUCAAGUUACUCACUACCCAGAUGUCCACAUCCGCAACCAACUAGCAGCAAAGAUCAACCUCCCAGAAGCCAGGAUCCAGAUCUGGUUCCAGAACCAGCGGGCAAAGUGGAGGAAACAUGAAAAAUUUGGCAAUUUUGGUGGCCUUCAGCAUGUUGCUGAGGUUGAUUUUAUUCCAGCCCCGAAAUCAGACAUAAGAAAUCCCUGCCUGAUGCCCAGCAACCUGUUUGAUACAAGUUUCACUGUGGGGUAUUAUACAUCAAGCCAAGGGCAUUCUACAUCUACCUGGCUGCCAAACAUGGUACCUUUGCACAUGGACCCGGUAGCGUCCUCAAAGCCUUAUCAGUUCUUUGACUACCUCCCGCCAUACAUCCUCCCUUCUCUGCCCCUGAAGGAAGCCUGGAGCCACAUCUGUGCCAAUUACACAUAG